AUGAUUACGAGAUCGACAGUUCUUCUGGUGCUAGCAGGCUUUUUAAUUAAAUGCAGCUACGGACAGUACCAUGAGUCGGCACAUCCAACGACGCAACUCGGUCUCAUCACACAAUGGAACGAGAUGCAAUUUGUCUUUCCCACGACAGAUCACAGACAAAUCGCGAUCUACCAAGGGAAAUAUAUGAAAGGUGCUAGUACGCCCUUAGAUAUUGAUCUUGAUUAUUCGGAUACGGGACGAUCACGAUUAUUUGUCACUAUACCACGAUUUGGUGAAGGCGUUCCAAUUACCUUAGGAGUCGUUUCGACAUCCUUCGCCACGAACGAAUCCGUGCUUCAUGCUUACCCCAGUUACGCUUGGCAAGAGAGUCACGGAGCCAAUUGCGAUGGAAUUACCUCCGUUUUCCGAGUUGCCAUCGACGAAUGCGGCAGACUUUUCGUGCUCGAUACUGGUAGAAUUGGCGAUCAGCAGUACUGCCCGCCACAAUUGCUGAUUUUCAAUUUGCGCAACGACAAGCUCAUUCAUCGCUACAAAUUCCCGUAUUCCGUGCUGCAAGACACGUCGAUUCUCGUGACGCCCAUCGUGAAUGUGCACGAUCCGCCACCGGGGAAAUGUCGUGACACGCAAGUUUACAUUGCGGAUGUCACCACGUACCACGUGAUUGUUUAUGAUAUGCGUACGCGACGCUCUUGGCGCACGGCAAAUAAAUUAUUUUAUCCGCAUCCGACGUGGGGCACGUUUGUCAUUGCCGGCGAAACGUUCGACUUGAUGGAUGGCAUUGUGGGCAUGGCACUUUCGCCGAAAAAUACGAUUGGCGGGCAGCAGAUGUUCUUCCAUCCGAUGGCGUCGACGAACGAGAUGACGGUGCCGUUGUGGGUGCUGAAUAAUCGCACGGCAUGGGAGAACGCUGGAUAUUUUGAUUAUUAUGAGCCACGUUCUUUUGUGGAAAUUGGCGAUCGCGGUACCCAAAGUGCUGCUCAAGCCAUGGAUCGUUACGGAAACAUGUACUUUGGCUUAAUGGAUCCCAUCGCAAUCGCCUGUUGGAACAUCAACACUCCUUAUGACAAGUUCCAUAUCAGACUCGUAUCCCAAAACGACGAAACCUUGCAAUUUGCGAGUGGAGUUAAAAUCAUCACAAAUCGCCUUGGCGAAGAAGAACUCUGGGUCAUAACGAAUCGUAUACAAAAAGUACUUACUGAGACUAUUUCCGACGCCGAAGUGAAUUUCCGUAUUCUCGCCAUACCAACGAAUCAACUUCUCGAUCACAAUAAACGCUGCAUUGGUCCGUCACUCGAACAAAAGUUCAUUCCGCUGGCAAAUUUCUAAAUUAAUUUCUUGUACAUUUUUUUUAUAAAAAAUAUCACUUUUCGUGUGUCUUUUUGUUAUUAAACGGUGCUUUAAACCAAUUUCAAUUACCAAACUUUUUACCAUUGUGUGACAAUCAUGCACCGCGCAAGUAAUUGAACUGCCAUAAUUAAGUGUAAUUUAUAACUUUUUUUUUGUUUGAUAUAGUUAAUUAUUUAUGAACAUAUGUACAUGUAGUAGAAACAUUUUUUUUAUUGUAAAA